UUGUGUUUAAGAAGCUGCACGGAGAGGCUGCUGAGGCUGACACUGUGUCACGCGACGAGUGGCUCGAGCAACAGUGGGUCAGGAUGAGACAGGAGUACAGUGAGGAAAGCAUCUGGAAUGCUGAUGAAACCGGGAUUUAUUUUCGGGCUCUACCUGACGGCACCCUGACCUUCAAAUCCGACAAUAAAAGAGGGGGGAAAAAAUCAAAAGAAAGGAUUACGGCUAUGUUCGCCUGCUCUGCCGCGGGAGAAAAGAAGGAACUUUUUGUCAUCGGAAAAAGUCAGAGCCCCCGCUGCUUCAAACACGUACGUACACUGCCUGUUCGUUACGCAGCCAAUGCUAAUGCUUGGAUGACCGGGGCUCUCUUUAUGGAGUGGUUAAAGGACUGGGAUCGCAAACUGGGCCAAGAGAGGAAGAGUAUCCUUCUGCUUGUGGACAACUGCUCAGCCCAUAACUUGAAAACAACACUGAGAAACAUCCGACUCGAGUUUCUGCCGAAGAACACGACCUCAAUUCUCCAGCCCUGUGACCAAGGCAUCAUCAGAACAGCCAAAGCUUACUUUCGCAAAGAGAUGGCCCGCUCUGUACUGCGCCAAAUUGAUGAGGGGAACAGGGCAGCUGCUGCAGACAUCGCAAAGAAAAUCAGCCUCCUUGACGCGAUUCUGAUGCUGCGGGACGCCUGGGCUGAUGUGGAGGCUUCCACAAUCAGGAAUUGCUGGAGGAAAGGAGGUCUGGUCAUGUCACCAGAGGAGGAACCAACACCUGUUGAUCCACCUGCUGAGAUCAGCACUGACGAGUUUGAGCAGUGGAUCGAAAGUGAUGACAGCACUCCGGUGUCAGAGAUUGUGACGGAUGAGGACAUCAUCUCGGAGGUACAAGAGCGCUUUGGUGCGGGUCCCAGUGGUGCGCGCAGCGAGGAGGAUGAGGAUGAAGAAGAGGAGACUGUUGUCCCUUCCAGAGCUGAGAUGAGGAAUGCAGUUUGCAUUUUAAAGACUGGUCUCCUGCAUGUUGGUUUCAAAAACUUUGACCUUUUACAUCGUUUUGAAAAAGAAGUGAACUCGGUGUUGGACAACACUCUGAUCCAGGGAACCAUGGAUAAAUAUGUUAAGUGAUUUCUUAAUGCGGCGCAGCAGAUCUGCAACAUAGAAGUGUGACCGGUUCGUUCUGCGUUGUGUUUCUUUCUAGCAAUGAAUGACGUGACCCACGAUGUGUCUGGACUCGGGCACUCCGACGUCCAUUUAUUCGAUCUGAAUACACACAUGUACAAAUAGCUUCCUCUUAGCACUUGUGCCCUUACUCCAACUCCUCUCUUCCCAAGGGUAUCGCAAACAAAGGGCCCACAUACAAUAUUACAACAGAAAUGAUUGAAAUAAAAGGAAUAAAAGACAUACCUGAAUACACACAUGUACAAAUAGCUUCCUCUUAGCACUUGUGCCCUUACUCCAACUCCUCUACGAAACACACAGGGGGGGAAGGGGAACUAGCAUGACUACACGAGGGUCAGGUGUAUGCUAGGACAUCGCAACAAAACACAAAGUUCCCCAAAACACUGAAAUCUAUCUAAUAACUAUGGAUAGAUAUAUACCCCAGACUUCCAAUUAAACAAUCUAUAAUCAAAAUAACUAAUAUAAAUAAUGAUAAAUUAUAAGAUGGUCAAAGAUUUGAUUACAAUAUAAAUGUACACACCUCUUCCCAAGGGUAUCGCAAACAAAGGGAAGAGGGCAGGGGGCGCGGGAAACUUAUCGGGUACUCUGGAAUGUGGGCGGGAGUAUAGAAGGAAGUGGAGCCAAAUCAAAUAAAUAAAUAAAAUAGAGCUUAAGGCGGCAUGGAAAGCUAAACUUCAGGUAAUACAGAAAAACAAAGGCAAUUGUGUAAUUAUAAUUUAAAGGAUAUAACACACCCUGUUACACUCACCCCCCAGAAUUACACAAACAUUUGAACCAUAAAUAAAACUUGCCCAGACCGGACUGUAAACCGACCACCAGAAAACCACGACUUCGGCAAUAGGUGCCACCCAAUAAAGAGUUAAGAGCACCCAGAGGUUAGCUAAGCCCCUGGGAACACUAUAGACAACGUGAAGUGCCAUUUACACCACACAUACAUAGGCCAUACUCGGACCGGGCAAAUAAUAACAAAUAAAACAAAUAAACAAAUAAAUAAAAACACUAAUAAUUCACUCGCCAUGAGUAAUACCAGGAGACACCUGUCACAUAAGCUCAAACAUGGAUCACAGUGGAUACUGGCCGAACACCCAGAAUCGUUUCCAGUUGUGCCAUGGACUCUAUCAACCUAAAGACCGGCUUGAUAACUCUCCCAAAUCUUGAAGUGAGGCGAUCACUUGUCUGAGAACCCUGAGGAUGAGCAUCAAUUACCGGAGACACAUGGGGCUCAGAGGAGGGGGAUGACAACGGGGUAACACUAACAGCACCAGCAAGCCCAUCCAAUGCAGGAGGGACCAUCAGAAUGGUUAAGUCACGACUGCCAUUGUCAUCCUCAUCCCUGACUGGGGACUGUUCACGGACCCACGAAGCUGUACGGUCAUCACUACCGUCACUGACCCAGGAGAGCGAAUCAGCCAUAGUGGGAUCAGCUGCACCACAGUCCGUCUCAAUUGCUGAUUCCUCACACUCAGGUAAGUCUGACUUGGAGCAGCCAUCAUUCAGACUGCCGACGCCCAGGGCAUCCAGACUCUCAUCCAAGGGGAGGAAGCUGACCUGGAGCAGGAGAUUCCGGUGCACCACCCUCUCAUGUCCGACUCGAUCCCUGAUCUUAUAGACGUGGAGAGAAGGCUUGGAGGCCACAACCGUGUGAACAACCGGCUCCCAUUUGUCAGCAAGCUUACGCUUCCCUCUGCCACCCUUGUUUGCUACAAGAACCUGGUCACCGACGGAGAGAGGCAGACCCUUAACCUUUUUGUUAUACUGGUCAGACUGGUGUUUCUGCUCAAUAGCAGAGUUCUUCUGAGCCAGGAGUAUAGCAGAGUGGAGGUCGCUCGCCAGAGACUUCACAUAGGCAUCAUAGUCACAGACUGUCUCGUCACGGAGGACAUUCUUGAACAGGAGGUCAACCGGCAGCCGGGGGACCCUCCCAAACAUCAAAUAGAAUGGCGCAAAGCCAGUUGUCUCAUGUGCUGUGCAAUUAUAGACAAACGUCAUCGUCUGGACCAUUUGGGGCCACUUCUGUUUGGAUCUGGGAGGGAGAGACCGUAGCAUGUUGCCCAGAGUGCGGUUGAACCUCUCUGUGCCGCCGUUCCCCAUGGGAUGGUAUGGGGAGGUCCGAGACUUGUUGACACCAGCCAGCUCCAGAAGCUCAGCGAUGAGCUCGCUCUCAAAGUUCGCACCCUGGUCAGAGUGGAGACGCUGAGGGAAGCCGUAGACACAGAAGAAGUUGUCCCAGAGCUUCUUCGCCACUUUCCUCGCCGUCUGGUCCUUGCAGGGGAAAGCAUGUGCUAAUUUGUUGAAAUGGUCAGUGACCACUAGCACAUCCACAGACUUGUUGUUACUGUCCUCGGCUGACCAGAAGUCGAUGCAAACAAGCUCUAGAGGGGCAGUGGUCUUAAUGCUCUCCAGAGGGGCUCUUGCUGCGGGCUCCGGGGUUUUGCUGAGAACACAUCUGUGGCAGUUACGGACAUGAUCGCGUACAUCCUUCUCCAUAUUACCCCAGAAGAACCUUUGACGGGCGAGAGAGAGAGAACGAGGCUGACCCUGGUGACCAGCCAGGUCAUGAACACCAGACAAUGCCUGUGACUUCAGGGACUCAGGCAGGAUGUAUUGGAACCUCUUGUGUUUUGUCAGUGGAUCCCUGGUAACCCUGUAGAGGACUCCAUGCAGUAUAGUGAGCUUUUCCCACUGUUUCAGAACCCUCAGAGUACACUGGCUCUCGUUGCAGCGCUCACGCCUGGAGGGUCUCUGCUUCCUAUCUACAUAGCUGAAUACUCUCGAAACGACCGAAUCCUGCUGCUGAUGGUUUUGCAGGUCUGCCAGUGAGAGAGAGGAGAACAAAUCCUGGCCAGGAGGGAUCAAUGAGCUCAAGCGUUCACUCAUAGAAGCAGCCCUCUGCCUCGGUGCUGAGUCCCAGUCAUCACAAGAGGAGAGGAGAGAGGAGACGUCAUCCUCUGACAUGGACACAUCGACGGCCGCACUAGGAGCAACGCUCCCUAAUGAUUGAGGCUGACAUGUCAGGCGGAAUGAGUCCUGCACACAUCCCUCCUCCACUUCACACACCUGUUCCAGCAGCCCGGAGUAUGGCUCAGACAGAAGACGUUGGCUCAGAGGCUUCACAAAGGGGUCCCUGCUGAGGGCAUCAGCCACCACAUUCAGUCUCCCUGGAAUAUGUUUGAUCUCGAAAGAGUAUGGUGCAAGCU